AUGCUCGCUACUCUCUCUUUCUCUUUUGACCACAGCUUGGACUUUGAGAUUGACAAUUUGAAGGACACCAUUAGCCGCUACAUCGUCGCGCGAAUGUUUCACCACAACCCCCACUCCAAGUCUUUCCCCCUCGGCAAGGAAUACUUCAAAUUCCGCUCUGAAGAGAUCUACCGAGCUUGGAUCGCUGUGUCCAAGGACGAACGGCUUCAGAGAGUCCUUACUCCGGACGACCUCGUCCUUUUGUACAUUUGCAUGCCCGAUCUGGUUCUUGGCUACGAACACCGGUUCAACUCAAAUCUCCUACAAGAAUACGGGAAAUUCAAAGGAGACAUUCAGGACAAGUUUGAAGAGACUUUCAAGUUGUUCCUUUCCCGCACAUGCUUUGGAAAGCAUCCCUGGAUGGAAAAGACUUCAGAAUCCCCUUCCUCUGAAGGUGCCAGCGAAAAAUACAGGCACUCUCCCACCGCCGGACCCUCCUCGAUCUUCCAACCUCUUUUUGAAAAUCCAGGCAACUCGGACAACGCUGAUAGUCAGCUCCGCCAUGUUAGCAGAGAGACCUCCAUUACGUUUGCUGCUGACGAGUUCGACGACUUGAUCGAGCUAUACGAAUAG